AUGCCGAAGCCAGAACUGGACCUCGAUGGCCCCGGCGUCACGGUGGCCGCCUCCAGCGGCAGCCCCGUCGCAGGUUCGGCACCCUCUGGGCCAUCUUCGCCGCCGCGUGGCCAAGUCUAUUCCCCGUCGGACGACCUCGGCUGUGGAGCUAUGGCUGGAGUCUGUUUCGAGCAGAUCGAUGAAAAGGACACCGGUGACUUCAAGUAUGUCGGCUCUGGCCGCGGAGACUACGAGCAGGAGCACGACUUCCCACCCACAGUCCUGGUGGCAACAGCAGCAGUUGAGACAGUGCUGGCGAUUUCACGAGUGCGACUCCUCCUCCUCCUCCUCUCCUCCCACCACGAUCAUAGCUACCAGAGCAGCGUGAUGACCAUCACACCUACUGCCGCACAUUCCUGCCUCCUUUCAGUGCUAUACAACUAUUGGAGUAGUACCAUGGGUCAGCAAAGACGACACAUGGAGAGGGCCCCACUGGUCCUUAUCAGCAAAUACCAAGCGGUGGUCACCGCGAUUAGUCCCAUGACAACGAUGGCAUACGGGCACGUGGCAGCUUGCAAGCAUGCAUUUGCUCACUGA